AUGAACAGCGUGGCGCACCGCACUCGUGCCGUCACUGCCGUCACGCUUCCAUCGUGCCUACGCCGUCGGCGUACAGCCGCAUCGUCGCCGUCGUUGUGCUUGUCGCAGGAGCACGCGGCGUGCGCCUCUGCCCCAGCGCGCUACCUCUUUACCUCCUCGCUUCUUAGCAAGCUCGGAGACUCGGUCGCCUCCAAGGUGUCACAGCUCGCGGAGAGCGUCUGGCUAGCAGAUGAGAAACUCGUGACGGAGCCACGACGCAAGUUCGAGCCGCAGCGCGUCGCCAACACAAGUCUGGCAGAGCGCCUCGCUGCGCAACGAAAUGUGCGGCGGUGUCUCGUCCCAACAAGCAUCAAGGUGGACAAGUCGCGGCAGUACGUUGAGUUCACGUGGCCUGAAGAGGCGGUCGAGGCGAUGCGCAGCGUCUCUCUCAAGACGCACACGCCCGAUGUGGCAGAGUCGCCUAAGACCUCAACUGGCAAAUCUUCUUCCCCGGCAGCUUCAUCACAAGUGGCCGGAAGCGCCACUGCUUCUGUUGAUCACGCAUCAGCUAGAGAUCAGAGCAGUGCGCCUUGCCCAUCUCCCCGCCUCCUUUGCGUCCCUCCUGGCAUGCCUCUUCGGACGCGCGCACUGGCCGAGUACCUGCGCGCCUACACUCCCAGCACCGACGGCGCACUCGGUGACAAGGACAUCGUCAUCUAUGGUCGUCGCGGCAUCGCAAUUGUCAAGAUCAUUCCUGUCGGCAACUACGCCCUGCGCUUUGUCUUUUCUGACGGUCACAGUGGCGGCAUCUACAGCUACGAGUACCUUUACUACCUCACGGGCCCCACCACCAAGUACGGCUUGAUGCGGGGUUACAUCACGGAGCUGCGGCAGCGUCGCAAGUCGCGCGACCCGCCAAAACGUUCCCCGUCCAUCAAGUACGCCAACCUGCUUGCGCAAAACGCCGCGACAGCCGCAAAGCACUAG